AAAUAGUCUGAAAUUUACAAGCAAAUGCUUAGUUUUCAACAACUAUGAAAGGGUUAUUAUUGUGUCUUCUUGUUGGCUGUGCUAGUGCGUCGUUGUACAGGCCGCCCCCUACUCGCGCCCCAAAAGUAAAACCCGGAACCUGUCCCGUGGAUGACACGAUCACGACAUGUGACUGUAGGCCGGAGUAUAUCCAGUGUAAGGGAGACUACGCGUGUCCAGGAGCCCAGAAAUGUUGUUCAUGGGGUUGUGGCUGCAGGACAAGGUGCGUGAACCCGGCAGAAAAACAAAAGCCUGUUUGUAGACAACCGAAAGUGGUUGGACCCUGCAAAGCAUUAAUCCCAAGAUAUUGGUACAAUAAACGAACCAAGCGAUGCGAAAGAUUUGACUACGGUGGAUGUCAAGGAAAUAAAAACAAUUUUGAGACAAUUAAGGAUUGUGAAAGACGAUGCAAACGACGACCUUCAUAUCUUCCAGGAGACAGAAUACGGAUAUAAGGAUAUACUUAACAUAUUUUGAACAAUUUGUAUCUGCAGUGAUAAACAUGCCCUUAAUUCUUGUUUGUUAAAUAAAUAUGUUUUAAGCAAUA